GAGAAAGGAAAACAAUCCCACUUCUGCUUUUUCCCACGAAAUUCACCUCUUUAGUCUCUUUCACAACCCUCCCUUUGAUGUUCGUUUGACUUUAUUUCUUUUCUUUUUAUGGGUUGAUGCUGCUGGAUUUCGAUGAUUUCAAGGAAAACAAGUUCUAAGGGUGGGGAGUUAUCAGUUUGUAAACUGCUUGUUUGAUUUCUUCGAAUUCGAAAAGCAUCCGUUUGUGUAGAUCUGCUGUCGAUUGUAUCUGGGGUUUAUUCAAUUCAUAUCAUCAUCCUUUUGAUUUAUCAAGUUAUAUAUCGUUUAAUCGAUUUCUUCGAACUCGAAAGCAUCCAAUCGUGUUGUUCUGCUCUUGAUUGUAUCUGGGGUUUAUUAAAUCUGAAUUAUGAUACUUUUGAUUUGGCUGGAGUGUGGAGUUGUCAAGUUGUAAACUGUUUUGAUCGAAUUCUUUGAGUUCCAAACCAUCCGAUUGUGUUGAUCUGCUCUUGAUCUAUCCGGGGUUUAGUGAAUCUGAAUCAUGGUUUUGGCUAGUAUAUGGUUUGGGUUCUAGAUAUCAUUGGUCCAUUGAAAGGCUUGGCUUGAUUGAUUGCCUGGGAAGUUACUUAGUGUUUAGUCGAUUACACUUGAUUGGUUUAUUCGGUUUCUUUUGUCUAUUAUUGGUUUUGAUAUGGACGGAUGUCAAUCUACUAUCCCGACAUCCGAAGGAGAUCUUCACGUUGUUGCUGCAGCUCAUCAUAUUGUCAAGGCAUUGGGAGCAACUAAGAAUCUUAGUGAUGAUUUGCGGAAAAUCCUUAUCGAUCUUGAUGCUCAUUUGUCGAUGAUAACUUCAAAUACAGACAGCAAGGGAGGAAGGGGAUUUCUGGAUGUUGAGGAGCGACUCAAACAAGCAGAGAGAAAGAUUCUGAGUUGGGAAUCAGAUCCGAGGAUGAUAUGGGACUCUGGGCCUAGGGAAGCUUCCGAGUAUCUUGAAGCUGUUGAUGAAAUUCAGACGCUAGUUGAUGGUUUACAAGGGUUAUCUGUACAUGAAAAUAGGAAGCAGAAGGAACUUAUCCACCGUGCAAUGAGUGUUUUGCAGAUGGCAAUGUCUAGGCUUGAGGAAGAGCUUAUUCAUAUAGUUGUUCAGCAUAGGCAACAGUUCGACCCCAAAUACAUGUCUUCUAGAUCUACUCAAACGUAUGUUGUUUAUGAUGAGUCAUUUGUUUCAGUUGAAGAUGAACCAGCCGAGGAAACAUCAAGCCGAAACUGCUCGAGUGAUGAAAUUGGUGAGUUUAUUGUAGAUUUGAUCCAUGCAGAUGUGAUUCCUGAUAUCAAGUCCAUUGCAAAGGUUAUGUUUACUUCAAAUUAUGGUCCGGAAUUUUGUGAAGCUUUCAUUGGUGUACGGAAAGAAGCAUUGGAGCAGUACUUUGCCAUUCUUGACACGGAGAAACUCAGCAUCGAGGAUGUGCUGAAAUUGGAAUGGACUAACAUGAGUAGCAAGAUGAAUAAAUGGACCUGGUCCAUGAAGAUCAUUGUUCGAGUCUAUCUUGCUAGCGAAAAACAGUUAUGCGAUCAGGUCUUAGGGGACUUCGGAUCUGUUAGUUCGUUUUGUUUUCUUGAGAUCUCAAAGGCAACAAUUCUUUGCCUCUUGAACUUCGGAGAAGCUGUAGCAAUGGGGCCUCAUCAACCUGAAAAGCUGCUUCGUUUGCUUGACAUGUACGAAACUUUGGCAGAUCUUCUCCGGGACAUAGAUACACUGUUCCCGGAAGAGGCUGGUUCUUUUGUCCGGCUCCAGUUCCAUGAGCUUUUGGAGAGCUUGGGUGACUCUUCAAUAGCAGCAUUUGAGGCAUUUCGAGUUGCUAUUUCUUCUAAUGGAUCAUUGUACCCCUUCCCUGGUGGUGGAGUUCACCCUCUCAAUAAAUAUGUAAUGAACUACAUCAGGAUGUUCCCUGAAUAUUGCAACACACUCAAUUUGCUUCUUAAGAGCCAACAUGCCGAUGUUGAGGAUCAAGUUAUUGAGCCAGAUAAUGGGCCAAACUUGUCUCUUUCAACUUCUUGUCCCAUGGCAUGUCACCUUCGAUCAAUCACAAGUUCUUUGGAGUCCAAUCUUCAUAGGAAGUCACAACUAUACAAGAAUGAGGCUUUACAACAUAUUUUCUUGAUGAACAAUAUCCAUUACAUGGUUCAAAAGGUUAAGGGCUCAGAACUCAGACUCUUCUUUGGAGAUGAAUGGAUUCGUAAGCAUAAUGGAAAGUUUCAGCAGCAUGCAAAGAACUACGAGAGAGCCACUUGGAGUUCAGUCAUUUAUUUCCUCAAGGAUGAUAACCCGGGAUCAAGUUCCUUGUCGAAAUCGACCUUCAAAGAACGAUGCAAGGGCUUUAGCAUUGCUUUUGAGGAGGUAUACAAAACCCAGACAAGUUGGAGUAUCCCAGAUCCUCAGCUUCGUGAAGAUUUGCGAAUUUCAACUUCACUUAAAGUAGUCCUUGCAUAUCGAACAUUCCUCGGGAGAAACCCUGCUCAUAUCGAAGACAAGUGUGUUAAGCACACUGUAGAACAUGUGGAAAAGUUGCUCUUGGAUCUUUUUGAAGGAUCGCCAAGAUCAUUGCGCAAUUCACGCAGAUGGUGAACAUUUAAGGUCAUAAAAUUCGACCAUUCUUUCUUUCUUUGUCACUCAUUUUCCAUUUUCAGAAUUUUCUUUUCCUGAUAAAACGCUUGCUUGUCAUAGAUGUAAAUGUGAUUAUAUAAUUAACAUGUUAUAGUACCAG